UGGAUUCAUGGAUUGAUCCAUAAAUCCACCAAUCCAAUUGGAUUUAAAUGGAUUGGAUUAGGUGGAUAAUUUGAUGGACGGAUUGGAUUCAUGGAUUUGAAUCCUAAUUGCCACCUCUACCGGGAAGGGAAGAGAGAUCUGGAGAGCUACCUAGGAAGUAUGAUGCGUAACCAAGGAGGAUUCCUUAGAAUUGAUUACGAAGAUGGAAUUGGGUUUGAAGGAGGAAGACGAAACAUGGUUGUUGGAUAUGCCAAGAAGAAAUAUGGUUGUCGGCCGCUUGUCGAAGAGUCGACUAAAGAGGGAGACGUCGUCGUCGACCGCUUGUCGAAGGCCCACCGCCGAUUCAGAGAGCGUCGCAGUUUCUGGCGGUGGUGAGUGGAAGAGAGAAAACACCCUAGCGGCUGGUAACCGACCGAAUACCACCGCUACAUGUUAGAGCUGCAAACUCUUCCAUAUUCUCAAAAAUUGACCUUAGGUGUGGCAAUUGGCAACAUUAAGAUAUGGAAAGAAGAAUCAAUUCAUUUAACAACAUUCAAUGCUCCACAAGGAAUGUAUAAGUGACUACAGGCUAGUUAUGUCAUUCGGGUUGAAGGAUGCACCUAACAUUUUUCAAAAAAGAAAAGGAUGAAUCUUUCAAAGCUCUCGAAAAAGUUUGCCUGGUGUACAAAGACGAUGUGUUAGCUUUUAGUAAGACUAAAGAAGAACGCAUGAGGCAUCUUGAAAAGCUGGCUCAAAUAUUUCAAAAAUAAUGAAUGAUUCUGUCCAAGAAAAAGAUAGAAGGAUGUCAAGAGAAUGUAUAUUUGUCAGGAAUAGAAAUUGAAAACGGAAGAAUACCUAUAAAGUCAUAUUAGCGAGAAGUUAGUAAUUUCCCGGUGAAGUAGAAGAUAGGAAGCAAGUAAAAAUAUUAUGCGGUCUUACUAACUAUGCUAGACAGUUUACGAAGAUCUUACAAACAAUUAAAUUUAUUAUCUAAGAAAACAUUUUGAUAAAAAUUAAUGGUUUUGGAAUGAUGAACACACUCAAUAUGUUAAACUGGUAAAAGACUGUUAAAAAAUCUUAUUUUGCUUAAGCCUAUACCAUCAUAUGAAAAUGAGCUAGUCUUGGAAACUUAUGCUUAUUAUGAAUUGUGAUUAUCAAGGCGGUGGGACUCCUCGGUGAAAAACGGGGAAGUUCAAUUAUGUUGUCUUAUAUCAAAGACCUACAAGUUUUACAGAUAUCAAAGACUUACAAUUUUUGGUGUGUUAUAAUAUGGUCAAUCUUGAUUGAUGAAGAUUAUCAAGUUUAAAUAAAAUCCAGAAUGGAUGGAUGCAGUUAUAUGUCCUAAAAUUUGAAUUUAUUCCAGCUAUAUGUUGAAAUCAUCAUAGCCAGGAUCACAAAAAAAAAAAAAAAUCAUCAUAGCCAAAGCAGAUGCUUUUGUGGUCCUUAAGUAAGAAAAAAAAAUAUUGUGGUUUGGAUUCCUGGUGAAAGUAGUGUCUCUAUCAUCAUCCCGGAAGAGAGUACGCAACUCCUAAAAUGAUGUCGUAUGUUAUACAUAAUAAAGCGAGAUAGAUAAGAUUGUACUAUGAGAACCAAUCCUCGAAUCUAUUUCCUUCACUAUAUAUGUGUACCAUACUUACCAUCCAAUCUUGAGCAAUCAUAAUUGGAAUCCAUAACAUAAAUAUACUAUAAUAAUUAAUAAAGAGAACAGUCAAUUAGAUGAGGCAAGUCGGCAAAGUGCGGGCAAAGGCCGGCCGGAGCAACCUCACAGAUCUUUGUACCGUUUGUCGUGGCAUUCUAUGUCGGCCGGCGGGUAGCAUAUCUCUCUACUUUCAUUCUCGAAUACCAUAGUCCCAACUAAAGAGAAAGGAAAAUUAAAGGCAAAAUACACUUGUAUAGCCAAAACUUUGACGGUUUUGCCAAUAAUAGCCACUUUUGGAGAAAUACCAAAUAUAGCCAGAAAUUUGAAAGUUCGAUGACAAUAAUAGCCAUUUCCGUUACAUAGUUUGACGGCGUCAGUGACACCGUUAGUCAAAUUAACGGAAUGAUAAUUU